GCCAUUCCAGACCCCUCCCUGAGAUACUCCCCAGCGGCUCAACCCCAUUCCUUCUCCUCGGGUUGCCAACUGGAAGUUCUCUUACAACGGACAGUCUUACCUGUCCCCUAGGACGGACCUGUUGGGUCAGGGGAAGGCAGGUGCGUCCCAGACUGGGGCCAUGAGCUGGAGGAUGGGCCUGGGGCCUCAGUGGCCCCUAGCGUUGGUGACAAUGCUAAGCUUAUUGAAUCUGCUACCGCUGGGAAGGGGGGCUGAUGGGAAAGAAGAAGUUCCCUGUGGCACGGCCUCCCAGGCACGAAUUGUGGGAGGUACCAAUGCCUCCCCAGGCCAGUGGCCAUGGCAGGGCAGCAUCAUCUACAAUGGCAUCCAUGUGUGCGGUGGCUCUCUUAUAUCCAAACAGUGGGUGCUAACUGCUGCCCACUGCUUCCCAAGGGAGCACAGGCUGGAGGACUAUGAGGUGAAGCUGGGAGCCCAUCAACUCAGCAUCCAUAGCCCUGAUGUAGUGAUUAGGACUGUAGCCAAGGUCUUCACCCAUCCUAACUAUGUAGAAGAGGGCUCCCAGGGUGACAUUGCUCUCCUCCAACUGCAGUCUCCUGUGAACUUCUCGAGGUACAUCCGUCCUGUUUGCCUACCAGCAGCCAAUGCCUCCUUCCCUAAUGGACUUCAUUGCACUGUCACAGGCUGGGGUAAUACACAUAGCUCAGUGAGUCUUCCUAACCCCAAGGUCUUGCAGCAGCUGGAGGUGCCUCUGAUUAGCAGAGAGACAUGCAACUGUCUUUACAACAUAAACCCCGAUCCUGAGGAGCCACACAUCAUCCAGCCGGACAUGGUGUGUGCUGGCUUUGUACAAGGUGGCAAAGAUGCCUGCCAGGGAGAUUCUGGAGGGCCCCUCUCUUGCCCUGUGGAAGGUCGCUGGUUCCUAGCUGGUGUUGUGAGCUGGGGAGAUGCCUGUGGGGCUCCCAACAGGCCUGGAGUCUAUACUCUUACCUCCAGCUAUGCUUCAUGGAUUCACCAGAAGGUCUCAGAGAUCCAGUCCCACUAUGUGCCCCUGACCAAAGAAUCCCAUUUGGAUAUGGACCUGUGCAAAAAGGAUCUCAGCAAGCUCAUCUCAGCCUCAGCCCUCCUGGCCCCAAGCCUGCUGCUGUCCCUCAGUGUGUCAGUCUUUUGUCACCUCCUGCUCUAGAACAGAGCACGAUUUCUAGACUUUGCCUGGUUUGGCUGGAGGGCUUAGUCCCUUAUCCACUCACUGCCUCCUGGACAACUGACACUUUACUGAGCCCCCCUACCCCAACCCUAGAGGACUGAGACAUUCCCUUCUCACUGGGACCUGAAGCUUCAGACUGUGAAUUGUGGUCCACCUUUAAAACCAACUGUCGAUGGCCUCAAACACUUAUUACCUGUGUAACUUGGGGAUCAAUAACCUCAGCCUCAGUUUCCUCAUCUGUAAAAUGAGAGGACUGGAUUAGAUGGCCUCCGAGGUCCCUUCCAGGAGCACUGCCGAGGGACUGACUGGACUUCCUGACCUUUGAGCCAGCUUCUUCCACACCAGGACAGCCAUGGUUCUUGGUGUGUGGUUUGGGGCCUUCUUUGAGUUGUUUGUGGCCUGAGCCUUUCCUUACUCUCAGGAUUUAUGGCUGUUUGUUGUCAAGAGGGCUCUCAGUAGCAACCCUAGUGAACGAUCUGGGACUCUUCUGU